AUGAACCAGGUGCCACAUUUGGCUUUCAAUCCAUUAUCCGUAUGUGGUAUCUCGAAUGCUUCCUUGUUGGGAUUCGGAGAUAUUUUGUGCCCCGGAAUCCUUGUUGCAUACUGCCACUACUUUGACCUGAGAUACGGAACUCGAUUCCGAAUUUACUACGUCGUUGAAGUGAUAUGCUACGGGUUGGGAAUGAUUGCCACAUUCGUCAGCUUAUUCCUCAUGAAAGAAGCUCAGCCGGCGUUGCUCUAUCUGGUCCCGUUUACGGUUUUGCCUGCGAUUAUCCUUUCGCUGAUCCGCGGGGAAUUCAAGGAACUGUGGCACGGAGAAGUUGAGGCUGAGGAGGAUCAUAGCUGUAAUUCGAGCCAAAACGGUGAUGAAUCGAGUGCGUCCGAGAAUGAAGCCGGGGCGGAGGACGAUCCGAGUUUCGAGGUUCGCACUGUGGAUGGCGGCGCGAAGGCCGCCGAUCGCCUUCCCGGUGAUGCCCCUUAGAGUUUGUUUGUUUGCUGUGAUAUUUCUUCGAAUGAUGGAUAACAGUUGGAUGUGUUGUGGAUGGCGAUGGGCCCGGAUGAUUUUCCCUCGAAGAACAAUCCUCUUUUUUGUGUUUUUGCUGAAUUCUGCAUUUAAUUGCGAAAUGCGCUCGAGAAAACUGCUGAGAAACGGGGAGCUUCUGCGGACAAGAAGCUUUCUCUGCGUUUAGUUUUCUUUUUUUUUUCUGUGCGCAUCCUUUCUUUUAUUUUGUGUAAAAUAAGUUGUUGAAAUAGGAUCCAAAGAAUUUAAUCGCCUGGAUACGCCGUGAAAAGAUUCUCUCGAGGAUUCUUUUUUUAUGUCAAGAAUGCUUGUCGUGUUUCGAGGAAUAGCAUAAAAUUCAAGCUAAAAAAUUUGAAGUUACAAGUCUCGAUCGAACUACGUUACCGUUGAAAGCACUGGGAUUUUUACCCCCCGUGAACUGCUGCUAAUUUCGAUAAUCGUCGUUCACCGAAUGAGGAAAUGUCGAUCAAGUUUUAUUUUUCCCUGGCUUGUAGUUCCGGAUGUGUAGACCAGUAUUUGUGAGUGAAGCACAUUUCUGGAUGUUACCUCUCAUUAAAAUGUAAUGUGAAGCACCCGACU